AUACACGGAACUCCGACAGAAGAGGGAAGUUCGGAUUGUUUAGCUACAUCGCGGGAUGAAAAAGCUGGUCUUCUUGUCUGAAGAAACUGAAUGAAACGGACACAGCUGACUUCUGCUCUGUGAAGAUUUUAGUUUGAUACCUGUACGUCUUGUUUACAUAUCCAAAGUACAUCCAACCGGCCAAGCAGCAGAAUGUCUCAGCUGCAGCCAGUGAUCCAGCUGCAAUCAAUGGCAGAGCCCCUGUUGAACAUCCAGGAGAUGCAGGUCUGGCUGGACAAAGCAGUGGCGUGGGGCCAGGCUGACAGCCCAGACACUCAAAGAGACACCUGCCUGCACUUAAACAGACUGAGGGAUUUACUCCAGCAACUCCUCACAAAUAUGAACAACAUGAGCUCCACAACAGAGACCAUGAAGACGCUGCCCUUCCUAGGCCAGUUUCUUGGCCGACUGUGCUGGAACCCCUGUGUCACUGCUGAUGCUACCAGCAGAAGGUUGUUGUUCCAGUGUCUGUGGGGACUGUACUCAGAGCAUCCAGGAAAUGCUGUGGAAAGAAAAGCCAACCAGUGGAUACGGAAAGUGUUGUGUCAGCUUGCUACAGAGGACGACGAUGCUGCAGCGCAGGCGGUAAUGAAGAAUAUGGGUGUCCCACCUGAAGAAUACUAUCUCAAAGUCCUGAGAAAGAAGGUGGCACUGCUGCAAGAAAACAUUGGGAAGAGCUGUAGUUCUCUGGGUGACAUUAAUCAAAGGUGUUCAUGUGACAGCAUUCUGGCCACAUCAGAGGCUUGCGUCCCCCUGGUUACUUGUCCCGAGGCUGCUCCUCUUAUUGGUGCUCUGCUGCAGCAGCCGGUGACUUGUGUCAGGGCAGCACUUAGUGAAGACUUCCUGGAUGCUCUGAGCUCUGCCUACCUCAGCCAGUGCUCGUCUUUGGAGGAGCAGACAGUAAUCUCUCUGUGGUAUCAUAACCUGUCCAGCCUGGAGGAGGCAGUGCUCAGUCAGCUGGAGGAUGUUGUCACCAACAAAGGGUCGACACCACAGAGGCUAGAGGAGCAACUGGCACAGUCACUGCUGCCUAAAGCCUGUGCUCAGCACUGCUCCAUAUUCCUGGUUGUGAAAGACAUCUUCAGGUCCAUCCUCAAGCAAGCUGAAGGGGUCGAGCCUGUGAAGCAUCUUAUCCAAACAUUUACAAGCUGUUUCCUCAGAGAGCUGGCGCUGCUGCAGAAUCAGACGAGCAUCUCUUUGAAGGCCUUGUUCCCAGAGUCACCUCAGAGUCUGCUGCUUCCUCUCUUGACCCUGCCGUCAGAGAUGUCUCAGGAGGCCUGGAGACGUCACCUGAACUGGCUCAGUGGCUCAUUACAGAGACUGACAGAGGAGGAAGAGGAGGGAGACGGAGACGGCAGCAGCAGCAGCAAGAGGCAUCACACAGUGUUUGAGGCCUGGUUCCUGCUGGUUCAGUGUGGCCACUGGGUGCAGGUGGCUGUCCAGCUGCUAGUGACAUCAGAGCCUGAGGACUGUGGGCCCCUCCUGUGGCUGCUGACCUUCUACCACCACCCCACCAAUCGGUGGCACCACAGAGAACUGCAGCUGAUGCACGCCAAAGAAGCUUGGGACCACCUACACUCAUUUUUCUUGAUCUCAGCUCGUCCUCUUCCUGUUGACUGCCUCCAAUCACUGGUCUUUCUGCUUUCGUCAACACAACCUCAGCAACCGUCACCGUCUCCAUUAUUGAUCCUCGACCUCUUAGUCAACUUUGCUGUUUUCUCCCAACACUCGUUGAGUGCAUCAACGCAGAUUUUACAGGCGGUGGUGGAUCAGUCUGGUCUGGUUGAUGAAGCAGCGUGUGUUCUCAGCUCACUGCGGCCCCGACUAAACGAAGGAAGCCGCUCAUCAGACGACUGUAACAGAGUUCAUCUCAGGAUCAAGGCACUUCAAAACACACUUGUGCAUUCGGUAUAGAGACCUGCUGAGAGUACACGCACUCUAAAAACAGGUGGGAGUGCAUACCCACACACACAUUAAUGCAUAUCAUCACACCGUAGCAGAGAGUUCAUCCUCGGCUCAGGGUUUUUUUCAGGGCACCUUUGCAGAAUGACAAAUAGCCACGCUUUUGUGUCGACAUGCUGCGGUACAAUGACAGGAGUGUGUCAAAACAGCCCGACGAGGACAGAUUAUGUGGAGAGGCUACAAUUAUAUACGCACACACUCGCAUAACACAGCUACAAGGCCCACAAGGACACUUGAGCAGUGACAGAUCACACAGAAAAGAAGCAGCAGCUCGUACAACAUGUCCGAGUCCUCCCACUCAUAUAAUUGUGUGACAAUAUAAAUCCUUCACACUACACGGGCUGACUGAAAGACGUUAAGGUUUGGAGGACGGGACGAGCGUACGCCAGUUAUCUCUGCAUAUUUAUUAUUCGUGGUAAAAUGUGUUUAUAUGAGAGACAUAUUCUUGCAGCACUGUGUAUAUUAUACAUGUAAAUCCUUAAAUGUAAUGUCAGUUCUUCCUCUGUGAACAUUUUCUAUUGCCUAUUAUUUAUGAAAAGGAAAUGACUUCUGUGUUUUAUCCAUGAUCUUAAGCGUAGACAUUUAAAUUUGAGAAUACUGUGCUGAUGCUCCUACAUGACGAGUAGUUGACUGCUGCUGGGGCUGGACAGAGAUGUGAACAAAUGCACAUGUAUAUGUAUAUCUACCCUUUUAUUAUGUCUUGGAAAAAUUAAAAAAAGAAAAUGCUUGGCCUAA